GGACAAAAGGCCAAUAAGAACAUUGGACAUUCCCAUUUCUCACCAGUGGCCCCUCCCCUGCAUAGACCCUGAUAUAUGACCAGUCGCUGCAUUCAGCCCAGUGUACAAUGUGCUGCCAGAGAGCCAGCAGGCAGUGUACAGACAACCACAGAGAGAGGAGAGCAGAGCAGGGGAGCCAGACAGAUCUAACCACGGAAGAGACUGGGAGUUCCUCGACUGUACAUCAGGAUAUACCAGCCAAAACACUUACCAUGGGCUGUACGACGGGCCACCUCGCUUGCCAACCACAGCCUCAGAUUAUCCUGGGACAGGACGGUCACUCCCUAGAAGCUGGAGGCGCCAAAGUCCCAGAGGUUCUCUCUUCCCUGGAGCGUCUGUCUCAAGCCACCGGUGGCAUGGAGAAAUCUUGGUACCGCUGCAUAUUCCCCUUUGGAAUCAUCUCCUUGGUGAUCGGAGCGGCGGGAACCGGCGUGACGUACACCUACAACGAUCUGCCUCAAACUAAAGUGGUGUCAGUGGUGCUACUGGUGAUGGGUCUGGUGCUGCUGCUGACGGCUUCCGCCUGCUGGACCGUUCACAAAAAGAAGAGGAGGAAAAAGAAAGAGGCGGGCUCGUUGAUGUCUGAGCAAUGUCCCCUGUGAAGCGCAAAGAAAACACUGUUUGGAGAACUUAAAGGCAGAGAUGUGCUGGGUCAGAAAGUUUGACUUACGAAGGCCCCAAUCCAUCUCCUCAAAGAACGAGGUUCAUACAAUUCUUUAUCUCAGAGUUUGGAGCUGAUGCACAAGACAGAACCGGGGCCAAGAAAUUGAAGAAGAAUGAAAUGGCAUCUGUUUAGUCUGUUUGGUUGGGGCUAUCCUGGCGCUGUCUCUAACGCUCUUCUAACAUCAGACAGCUGGUGUCCAAUGUCAAAACAACCUCCAAGGAGACACUCACAAAUAUUCCUUGCACACUGCAUGCAUAUCUACACACAUGGAUACAUGGCACUUGCAGCCCUCACUCAGAGUCCGAGGGAGAGUUCACGCAGACACCCAACACGCUAUGCGGAGCUGCUGCCGGAGUCACUGCUGGCGUCACUGGGCACGUCAGUCACAGCAUUCCUCCUGACUGGACAGGUGACUCUCCAAGAGGCCAGAAGUGGGCCAAAGACAGCAACCUGAUCCCCAGUCUAAAGAGCAGUGAAACCACGUCAGCGCCCAGCGUCAUUCACUCGUCCUGUGACACCGCAGCAAUGUGAUGGGGGGCUUUUUUACGCAAUGGGAGAGUGGAACACGAAUCCAAGAGGAUCUCGUUGGCAUCCGUGAGGACGAUGAGCCGGGCAGGACAGAAGAGGCGCUGGCGGAGAGGAAGGUGUUGUGUAUGCAAUGUGCUCACAUAGAGAUUCCAAAAGACUUGGACCUACUGAGUAUCAGAAGAUUUGCACAAUAACGAUGACAAGCAUAAACACUUUAGUAACCACUGACUUCGUGACAAGCUCAUUACUACCUGAUGUGGAGGCAUUAAUGAGGGGUCUACGUGGGCUCUCUGGAAGGACACCACAUGAGGACAUUCUUGCAGAUCCUGCUUUUGGCCAGCCCCUCCCUGGUUGUUUCCUUCAUCUCUAAGGCUUUGACACUUCAACGUUUUUUCCAUUUAAACUCUUGCUAACCCUCUCUCCGCCCUUUGUAAUCCAUCCCAGAGGAAAAUAUGUAUUUAUUUAUAUGUACACAAACGUUAGCUUAGCAGUCCCUCCACAUGCCCAUGUCUCUUUUAGACAUGGAAAAUACUUUAUUUCUGGAAUAUCAUUUAAGAGGGAAACUCCAGUGAGAGUCCCUAUUCCAAACCUAGAAUUAAUGUGACCAUUAAGCUCCUGAAAGGCAGUUCUCAUCUGUUUUAAAGAACACAAUUACUGAAUGGAAAAAGGUGCCCUAUAGACUUUAUAUAUGCACAUGUGUUAAUUAUGUUUUCAUCGUCCUCUUUCAGCCUUAGAAACAUUCAUCGAUCCGUGUUCGAUUGAUUGUCACUGACACCUGUCUCUGAGGAAAUGUGUCUAUGCAUACCGAAGUAGCAGAUAGCGACAAAGCCAAAGAUGGUUCCGGAGGUCAGAUUGCCUUUUACCAUGCAACAAUUGCCUGACUGCUUCGACACCCAUGCACUUACUUUUGCAAACUUGAAUGUGACUGAAUUAAGAACAAGGUAGGGAUGAAAGAAAGACAUAAAAAUGAAAAAGACAGACCUUCGUCGUAUCUGCUUAUACGUGUGUGUGUUUCUGAAGACUUUUUUUUUUCGUUCAGGAAUCAACCUUAUGUGGGGUCAGUGAUACUUUUUCCACUUUCAGUAAGCGGGCAUUAACUUUUUUGUUGUUUCUCAUAGCUGGUAAUAGACACACUUUAGGUUUACACUUAUAAUACCAGAAAAUAAUGUAGCUCAAAUGUGCUCAUGGCAAACUUCAUGAUUGUUUUUUUUUUUGGUGACCUCACUAGUUGUUUAACAGCUGAACCUCUUCUACAAGGUUCUGUUUAAGCUAUCCUUCAUGCGUUGAUUCACUCCAGGUUUAUAGUUUUAUCUUUUUUUUUUUUUUUACUUUUUUGUGCCAGUGUGUUGCCAGCUAUGCCUCUGAACGGCAGGUGACCAGAAAUCAUCAGUCCAAGAUGUGAAGUGAUUUCCCUUCUGCCUUUUAAAGGGGAAAAUCUACCUCUGUGUUUAGGGGGGAAACGUGUCCCUCACCUGGUGGACAGCCUCACUGUCUGCAUGCUAAUGCUAAGCGAGUGACACAAUAUUCUUUAGCUCAUGUUGGAUUAUAUUUGGUGCUGUAUAUACUUUAUAUUUGUACUGUAUAUUUCUACUCAUGUUAAAGUUGUAUGAAAUAAAUGUUUUGUGAUCACCUUUC